UGCCCGCGCCGUCCGGGUGGCGCAGGCCUCCGGGACGCCCGCCGAACUCCCGAGCCGUCUCCAAUUGGCCGUCGGGGGAACGGAAGCCGAAGCAGAGGAGUGAACCCGGAAGUGCUUCGCCGCGGAGGCCCGGGCGACUCUUUUGAAUGGAAUCGGGCUGAUUCAUCGCCGGUUCGCGGAGCCAGAGCCCGGCGGAGUCUGAGUCGCCGCUGCAGCUGGUGCCGUCUUCGCCGCCUCCGCGUCACCGCAGGUGGGAGACGAGAAUCCAGACCGCGGCCUCCCGUCCCCGCCCGCUUUCAGGAGAGAGAGGAAAAAAAAAUACUUGGGAAAAGUUAUACCUGUCAGUAUUAGCAGGAGCUUAAGAAGAAAUUUGUCAAACAACGAAUUGAAGCUUAACACCACAAGAGUUGUAGUUACUGACCAGAAAUAUGGACAGACUUCUUAGACUUGGAGGAGGUAUGCCUGGACUGGGCCAGGGGCCACCCACAGAUGCUCCUGCAGUGGACACAGCAGAGCAAGUAUAUAUUUCUUCCCUUGCACUGUUAAAAAUGUUAAAGCAUGGUCGUGCUGGAGUUCCAAUGGAAGUUAUGGGUCUUAUGCUUGGAGAAUUUGUUGAUGAUUACACCGUCAGAGUGAUUGAUGUGUUUGCUAUGCCACAGUCAGGAACAGGUGUCAGUGUGGAGGCAGUUGAUCCAGUGUUCCAAGCCAAAAUGUUAGAUAUGUUGAAGCAGACAGGAAGGCCUGAGAUGGUUGUUGGUUGGUAUCACAGUCACCCUGGCUUUGGUUGUUGGCUUUCUGGUGUGGAUAUCAACACUCAGCAGAGCUUUGAAGCCUUGUCGGAGAGAGCUGUGGCAGUGGUUGUGGAUCCCAUUCAGAGUGUAAAAGGAAAGGUUGUUAUCGAUGCCUUCAGAUUGAUCAAUGCUAAUAUGAUGGUCUUAGGACAUGAACCAAGACAAACAACCUCAAAUCUGGGUCAUUUAAACAAGCCAUCUAUCCAGGCGUUAAUUCACGGACUAAACAGACACUACUACUCCAUUACUAUUAACUACCGAAAAAAUGAACUGGAACAGAAGAUGUUGCUAAAUUUGCAUAAGAAGAGUUGGAUGGAAGGUUUGACACUUCAGGACUACAGUGAACACUGUAAACACAAUGAAUCAGUGGUAAAAGAGAUGUUGGAAUUAGCCAAGAAUUACAAUAAGGCUGUAGAAGAAGAAGAUAAGAUGACACCUGAACAGCUGGCAAUAAAGAAUGUUGGCAAGCAGGACCCCAAACGUCAUUUGGAGGAACAUGUGGAUGUACUUAUGACUUCAAAUAUCGUCCAGUGUUUAGCAGCUAUGUUGGAUACUGUCGUAUUUAAAUAAAACAAUGCAAAAGGCUAUUAGUGAUACUUUUCAGCGUAUAUUCCUCUAUUGUUCCUAAUGCUCAAAAUCAAGGGACCUCUGAAGGUGUGUUUGGUUCAAUGUAAGACAUCUGGCAUCAUUUGCAGCACUGUAACACCUUCAAUCUCAGUUGUGCAAUUACUUCUGUUUCUUUAGUCAGGGUCUUUGCAGAUUCCAAAGUUGUAUAAGAAUACAUCAAAGUGGACAAAUUUUGUUAAGAUCCCAUUUAAUAUUUGAAGAAAACAGUAACACAAAUAUAUUUUGAUUGUUGCUUACAAAAUAAAAUACAUUUACAAUCUA